AUGGCUCUUCCAUCUCUAGCCCUCCCAGGGCAGCUUCUUGGACCAACAGACAAAUACCUACCGGGACCUGGCACGCACAUUCACGAGCAGCAAAUCUACGCUUCAAUAGCUGGACCCGUCGUAUCAUCACCGUCGCGCGCAUCACAAACCGCUGCUACAGCCUCAAAGUCAAAACUCGUCCCACUUCUCUCGAUAUCACGACCGCCCAACACAACGUCAGAUCCAGGAAUACUGGGCACAGGCAGCGGUGGCGGCGCACCCAUCCUCCCCGAAGUCGACAGCACCGUUCUCGCGCGCAUAACGCGUCUCGGCGCGCGCUUUGCCACAUGCGAGAUCCUCGUCAUUGGCGACACCGUCUGCCGCGAAGCCUUCCAAGGUCAAAUACGGCGCGAAGACAUACGCGCGACGGAAAAGGACAAGAUCAAGAUUGAAGAGAGUUUCCGCGUGGGCGACUUGAUCCGCGGCGUCGUGAUCAGUUUGGGCGAUCAGAGCAAUUACUACGUCGCGACGGAUCGGAAUGAGUUUGGCGUGGUCAUGGCGAGGAGCGAGGAGGGCAGGCUGAUGUAUCCGGUUAGUUGGAAGGAGUUUAGGGAUCCGGUGACGGGCAAGGGAGAGAGCAGGAAGGCUGCUAAGCCGUUUUGA